UUUUCUUUUUCUUUUCCUUUUCCUUUUUGAUAUGAAGACUCGGCAGUCGAAGCUUUAAGCUUUGGGAUCUUAUCAUUAACCUUACCUACCUAGUAUUGAUGAUACUGAGGUUGACUCAUUGACGAUAUGACAAGCAGUGUCUACCUAGUACCUACUAUUCUAGAACAAUAAGUCGAUGACAACAAUGAAUAACAAUGUCUAUUUUUACUUGAAUGACUUAAGGUUAUUAAACGCGCUUUUCAACCAGUCAAUCAAUUCUCCAUCCUCAUAAUGAUUGAACUUGGUUUAAAUCGCAUCAGCCGUCUUUUAAGGCAUACGCCUCAACCGUGGAAAGCCAUUCAUGUCGCAGGUACCAAUGGAAAAGGUUCAAUAUGUGCCUAUCUAUCUGCAAUGCUACACGCCAGUGGUGUUCGCUGUGGCAGAUUUACUUCACCUCAUUUAAUUGACAGGUGGGAUUGCAUUACCAUCGACGAACAACCAAUUCGAGAAACCAUCUUCCGCGAGGCUGAAGCUCUAGUGCUAAAGAGAAAUCAAGCAGAGAAUCUCAAAGCAUCUGAAUUCGAAUUACUUACGGCUACGGCAUUCGAAGUAUUUUAUAAAGAGAAGAUAGAGAUGGGAGUAAUUGAAGUUGGUCUAGGAGGAAGAUUGGAUGCGACAAAUACCAUGGAGAACAAAGCUGUCACUAUAAUCUCGAAGCUUGGUUUGGAUCAUCAAUCAUUUCUAGGAAAUACAAUCGAGGAAAUAGCUCGAGAAAAAGCUGGAAUUAUGAGAUCUGGCGUUCCUUGUGUUUUGGAUAGGAGCAAUAUACCUUCUGUACGAGAAGUCAUCUCAAAUUAUGCCAAAGAAGUCGGAACGGAUGUGGUCAUCAGUUCUACAGAAUCAGCAUUUUUGGAUGAAAUUAAAGGCCAAGAUCUCGAACCACAUCAAUUGGAGAAUUUAGCUUGCGCAUAUACUGCAUUUCACUUAGCAUAUACGAAAUUGGAAUCUCCUCUACAUCGACUCCUACCAGCUAUAAAAAACAUUCAUUGGCCCGGUAGGCUUCAAACUACUGAUGUUAGAGCUGUGACAGGUCGAAAAGAGCCUAUACUACUGGAUGGCGCACACAACGUUCAAUCUGCAGAAGUUCUUGGUUCAUAUGCCAAUGGAAAACUUCGAACGAAAUCAAAUAAAGUAACAUGGGUACUGGCAGCUUCUCAAGGGAAAGAACUUGAUGGAAUAAUGAAAGAGAUCUUAAGAGAAGGGGAUUGUGUAGCAGCAGUUCAAUUUGGACCAGUAGAUGGAAUGCCAUGGGUUCAAGCUAUGGAUACUGAAGAUAUUUUACAUGCAGCCUCGACAGCUGGUAUUUCUACCACUUGUCUUCAUGAUUCGGAAUCAGAUAUUUCUGGAGCAUUAAGAUGGGCUGCCACUGUUGCUCAAGGUGGACCUAUCGUUGUUGCAGGCAGUCUUUAUUUAGUCUCUGAUGUACUACGGCUCUUAAGAGACGCAGAAGUAGUGAAGAAUUCAUGGCUAGGUUAGACCAGCUACAUUUUCAACAUGAAUGGAUAGACGUGAGACAUCACUUUUUCUUUACUUCUCCAGACUGCCACGAGCUACAAUAUGGUGUUUACUCUUUCAAUCACAAACUACCUACUUCCAAGCUA